AGCGACCAGUGCCUUACGCCUGAAGUUUGAAAUUUGCAAGGAGUUGGCUAACUACGUAGAGCUGUUGCCCAAAACGGGGUACAUCCAAGCGCAGUCCUCUUUUAGUGUCCAGCUGAAAUUCUUGCCAAGACUCGCCCUUUCAAAAGAUGCCAAGAAGUACUUUGAUGAGAGGACCCGAGUUCUGGAAGCUCCCUUGACUAUCAUUGUUUCUGAUCAGAGCAAGCCGGUUGAAUUCAGCAUGCACGCCAUCCUAACCACCUCAGAUUUAGAGAUCGUCCCAAACGAAGUGGAUUUUGGAUACUGCUCUAUCUACGAAGCUGUUCGGACAACCAUCACCGUCACCAACAAAGCAAUUCUCCCACAGGAGUUUGGUUUCGUCGGGCAGCCAAAGUUUGUCGAAGUUCAGCCCAACGAUGGGUUCGGGGUGCUACUACCUCUGGAGAGCUUGACCCUGGAUGUCAUCUUCAAAGCCAAGAAGGCGAAAUUGUACAGCUUUGAACUCACUUGCAAGACGGAAAUCAACAGGGAGUUCCAGCUGUCCUGUAAGGCUGUCGGAGUCCACCCUCCCCUCGUGCUUUCCCACUCCUUCGUCCAGUUUCCGGCCACGGCUCUGGAUGACGUCUCGGCCGCCACCCUCUUCAUCAUCAACCCUCACGAGAGAAUCAGCCACUUCACUCACACCAUGCCCCGAAUCGGCGAGGGGGAAAUCGCUCCGGUUGGACCCACUUCCUUCCAGUUCCUCGUGCCCGAAGAUUCUCCCAUCAUCAUCAUUCCCUGCGUGGGGACUGUCCUGCCUGGGAAGAAAUGCCUCCUUGACGUCUCCUUCCACCCAACGCUGCCGGAUCAGCUGAUCAGGCAAGAGGCAGUCAACAUAACGUGUCAGAAUGCAGAAAUAAAAGCUCAGAUGGAAAAAAGAGCCCGAGAAUUGGAAAUGCAGGGCAUAGAAUCAAGAAAGAAGUGGAGAUCCAGAAUAUAUCCAAAGAACACUUGGUGGUGGGAUAUUCCCUUCUUGAUCCCUUCGGACCGUUUCUGCUAGCCAAUCCGAUUUGUUCACUUGGAGAAGGGGAAUCUCGGGAGCUAGUGCUUUCCUUCUGUCCGGAGGAGAGCAAGUCGUAUUUUGAAAUCCUGGAGAUACGAACUGAGAAAGCCACCCUGACUCUUACACUGACUGGCAGGGGAGUAAUCGCAUCCAUUGCGUGCUCGCUGGAGGAAGAUGUGUUGAACAUGGGAUAUGUGGUCUCCAAGGAAACCACCACCUCUGUCUUCAAGAUCGAGAACAUUUCUCCUUUGGCCUUGAAAUAUUCUAUCGUCUUGGACUCUCUUUCUCCGGACAGAUACCAAGAGCUGCAGACGUUUCCCCCAUUCCUUAAAACUCCAAGAGAAACACAUAUAAUUGGUAAGGAAAUGGGCCCUGUCUCCGAAGAGUACAUUGCGGCCCAUCUCAACCUAGUCCGCAGCUACACCAGCUGUUUCGACAAGUACAUCAUACCUUGCCUUGUCGCGAGUGGAGACAUCGACGAGAAGAGAGGGGCCGAAAACAUGAACUUCAGGUACGCCACGUUGCAGAAACCGGAGACCCACCGCAGGGAGAUUAUCCGGGUGAUCCAGCUGAAGGGGGCAGCAAGGAACCACAUCAUGUACGUGGAAGGCGGAGAGCCGCUGGAUGUGCCCUUCGAAUCGCUGGCUGUGCUAACCUCCAUAACUGAGGAAGCCUCCAAAGCAGGUGACGCAGCCUUGAAGAGAGCUCAACUCUGUUCGUCCUGGGCUUGGAAACCGCAGGGGGGGGAAUUUUGGGGUUCCGGCGGGCAGAGGAUGGGAAGGAAUGCCAAGAAUACCCAAAGAGAUCUGUUCCGAGCUACCCUGCAAGGUUGUUGUAGUUUGCUUUUAGCGUCCAGGAAAGAGAUGAUGAUGAUGAUGAGGAUACCAGCUCAGUUUGCGUCAAAGAAGAAUGUGGAAUUCACCUGGGAAAGCUUACAGGUUUUGCAGCUCAAAGGAUUCAGCGUAGACCCAGUCAAAGGAAUGGUGGAACGUGGGCAGACCAAAUCCAUCAUCGUUUCUUGGGUGCCCCCUGCUGGCUCAGAUCCCAAUCAGCCUAUCACCGGAUCAGCCACACUGAUCGUGAAAGGUGACGUGAAGGAAGUUUACGGCGUCUACUUCAUGGGCCGGAUCGUGACCAAAGAAACUCCAAACUGAAAGAUCUUCCCAGCGGGAGGCUCCAAUUGAGGCUGUGGAAUCUUAAAGAACGUCCUGAAAGGGCCAUUUGGAACAUGGGAGGUUUUAAACCCCAAAUAGAAUUCCGGUUUGAUACCUCUAGAAUGCCUUGAGGCCGAACGAUAUCUGCUUCCCCCCACCCCCUUUCUUCUUCUUCUGAACAUGUGGAGAAGGCUUCAAGCUGAAUUGCUUUUCCAUUCAUUUCCGUUUCUGUUGGUAAAUAAAAUUUGCCUUCCUGGCAA